AUGCUCAAAGCUGAAUAUCCUGAUACCACUGACGCUUUUCGAGAGACCCAAUAUGCCCUUCUUAUACAAUCUAACUCAAGAACGUCUUACAUUACCCCUCAUCGACCUCGUCCACGCCCAUCCCUCAAUGCAAAGUUUGAUAGGCAAUUCGCCAACUCCACUCGAUCUCGUAGUAUCCGCGGGAAACCUUACUCACUGGACUCCACAGUCCUACCUCAGGAAGCGACGCCUUCUCUUCAGGUAGAUAAAGAGGACGAGCGACAGUCGUGGCGUACCCAACGCCCAUCCCGAAUCAGCUCCGAUAGAGUGAAGAAAAGUAUCACUUUAUGUGAUAUUCAAUCAGCACCAGUGGUCCUACCUAGCAUACAAGAACCUCCCGAUUGGUUGAAAGAAAUCGUCAAUCGUGAUAGGCAACAAGUCUCACAAGUCAAAUACGACCAACAUGCAUUGGAAGCAUUCCGCCCACAUGAUUCUAUGACUCCUCUUCUUCCGACUCAACCUCGAGCUACACCCAUCGCGGAUCGGACUGUCCCUCUCAAUUCGUGGCAAGACGCCUGGCGCAAGACCGGUCCAUCCACUCUACCGCAAGCAUCGCAUAAUCGAAUGCAGGAUGUUCAUUCCCAAUCUGGCUUAUUAUUCAAUAAUGAAGGUAACAUUGCCAUCCACGAACACGUUCCUGCUGUUCCAUCUGGAUGGAGAAGCCCUACGACGAAGAUGUCCAUGACAUCGUCUACCUCUCAUCCCCUUCCUGGCCGACCAUGUCUAAAUCAAUCACUGCAAGCUUCUCGCGGACAACGUAAUAUUGACAACCAGAACCCUCUCCAACAAGUCCGUUUCCGUCCGACUCCUGAGAUCAAUGAGAUUCCUUCCUUUCAAGUUGAUAAUCUUCCACGAUUUGCCCGAAUUCCCAUGUCGAAGUACCAACAAGGUGUCGACACAUUCGUAUCUCAUCCUGCUCACCCCUCUACAGUCGCAUUAAAUCAAGUGACUCAGUCUGAUGUCCCUCGUGUGCCUAUGGCCACACCACAUAGAGAACACAUCUAUCCAGGAGAAGGGUCAGAGAGCGAUUCAUCCGAGACAGCUCCAAUGUCGACACCUCUUACUCAUAAAAGUACCGCUAUUCCUCCACGUGGGAUCCUGAAGUCUUCCAUCCAUCGCCCUAUCUCAGCUCCAGCUCAAACCAGACCAUCAUCCCUGGUACAUACCUCACUUCCUAUCCAACCUACCUCUGUCACCAGCCCUUCCAUCGCGACGACCACAGACGACCCGUCCAUGUCCACGCAGAUGGAGAAUGUCCCCAUCUCGCCCAAGACAACUCGUGACUCUUCCGACGUUAGCAGUGGACACUCGCGACUAAUUGUCACACCGCGACAGAGACGAUUACUUGCCGAGGCGCUGACCAUAGCUCAAAAUCUGACGAGAUACGCCGAAAUAGACUCGGAGCAAGAUGUAGAGACGGACGAUCUCAACUUGGGUUCUUCCCCCGACCUGGACCUGGAGGCAGAGGAAGAGGAAGAUAUUCGUUCCCUGCAAAUUCGCGAAAGAGAGUUGAAGAGAAAGAGAGAGAUCGAGUCAGAUGAUAACAUCAGACUUAUUCCCAGAGUCAAAUCCACCUCACAGAUUGGAGAUGUGGUGAACCCUAGACGAGUCAUGCGUGCUCCAACGCCGGAGGAGUCCACCUUGAGUUCUAAAUCCUCUCAACGGAUAUACAGUAAGAAACUCCGUCUUUCACCUGUCACCCGUACACCUCCGACCUCCGUGGCAGAAUCAAGGUCUUUUAAACGUGGGACGAAUAAUAUCCAUACUCACCCUGUUCUGACUUCAUCUUCUCACAACAACGUAACCAAACCCCCACAAGAACAUAAGACACUUCUCUCUCAACGCUCCAAGAAAGCGAAAAAGAUUCUUCACUCCGCCGAUAUCGAAACGGAAGAUGAUAGUGUGAAUGACGAAAACAUUCCCGGCAAUUCCUCAAAAUCUCAAAUCAUCUCCAGUCAAAUCAAUGAUCAAGUGAACUCAUCUACUAAUUCAACUUCAUCUUACUAUCCAACCAGUCAAAGUGAACGUCAAAGUCAGAGAUCUAAUGAAUCAUGGACAUGGACUUCAUACGGUACCACUCCCUCACCACCUCCUCCUCCUCCACCCAUUAGGAAACAACCCAUUUCGGCCAAUGCUGCAUUGUUGUACAAAACCGCAUUAUCAUUCCCAUCUAGAUCAUCGAUCCAAACUUCCACUCGAGGAAUUGGGUACAACUCCAAAUUGUCUGUAACAAAAAGUGGAAAGUCAGUUCAUAUGGGGAAAAACGAUAACGAUGUUGCAGAUUCUCAGAAAACGGUAGAAAGUAUAGAAUCUAUCGAGGAGUUUUCAGAGGAAUCAGAUUGUACACCUCCUGAUCCAACUCCGAUCUGGGAGAAAUCACCUGUGAGAGUACGAGUACCGAGAAGGUUGAGUACUAUAGAUGAGGAGGGAGAGGAAGAUUUGUUGGUGUCGCACUCCAUUGAACAGGGAAAGGGAAAGGGGGAUUCGUUAGAGGCCAGAGAUAGUGAAGAAAGGUCAAAAGUAUCAAAAGGGAGUGUAGGAAGGUCAAGAAUGUCAAAAGAGAGUGAAGGAGAGUUAAGAGGUUCUGAAGUUUCAAGAGAUAGUAUGGGGGAAAGACCAAAAGAAGAACAAGAAGUAGCAUGUGCUAUAUUAAAUCUUCCUGAUGGGUUUUGGCAAGGUGAUAGUGAUCCUGGGUUCAAAAUCUGGAGAGAGUAUUAUUGA